UCGACCAAUCGGGUGCAAACUUGUGGGGUUUUAUCGAUAUUAGGAGCGAUAGUUCAAGUCGUACGUCUUCAACCAAGGAAUUAUCUGACGGCUUCAUUCAAGCCCGUUACAACCAUCCCACAGGGCAACCUAAAGAUCACACAGCAGACAUUGAUCAUGGCAGAUCCUUUGAGCAUUGCUGCCUCGGUGCUGGCUGUAAUCACAGCCGCUGUUCAGUCGACCAAGUCGCUCCAGGGUACUGUAAAGCGCUUCCGGAACCGCGAUAAGACACUACGCCGGCUUCAGAAUGAGCUUGAGGACCUCACGAAUAUUCUGGAAUCUUUGCAACAGGUUACAAAUAAUGAGAGGUCAAUGUUGGCACUUCUCCAAGGUCCUAUCGACCGGUGCAACCAGAUAUGCAGCGAAUUUGAAUAGUCAAUCAAGGUUUUCAGUGGGAAGUCAACGACGGGUCUUCUUGAUUGGGCAAAAAUGGAAUUCAUGAGAGGCGACAUCAAUGAAUUCAUUGACACUAUUGCGGGGUAUAAGUCAACGAUCU